UACUUUUGUACGGCACUUUGUAGUUGGACAUCUUACUGCUUUCAGUCCAAUUAGCAAGCUGCAUAUCAGCUACAUUACCAUCUGCAUUGCAUCCUAGGGCGAUUUCAAGCCAUAUUGUCCUUUAUGUGGUUGUUGAGGUGUUAAUGUUUGUCAUAUAUUAUCGAGUGUUGAACCUACUUUUAGUUUGAAAGGUUUAUUUCUUCUUCCUACUGGCUUGCCGUAGUAGUCUCGUUUCCAUGGUGACCAUACCAAACCGUUUCCAUGGUGACAAUACUAAACAACAGCGCGCUUCAUUAGCUCGCUAGUUUAACCUGUAGUCUCUAAUCUUUCUUGUUAACAUUUCUGUGGACUUAAAGUAUAAAAUGUCCGUCGUGGCUGAGCCUCCGGAGCAGGAGGACUUUGCUCAAUGCUUCACCGUGUUUGACGGCUCUCCUCCGGAGGACGUGUCCCACGCCCGGCAGCUGUGGAGCUCUCUGUCUCUGCUGCCGCCGCUGGAGUCCCGGCUGGUGUCCGCAGACAUCCACCAGAGACUGCCGGUGUGCCGCCGGCCGCAGCGCAGCAGCAGCAACACUACUACUACCGCAGGUCCUCCCAAACACUCAGCCCCGCAGCCGCCCAGCGAGCCUGCUCUGCGGCAGAGACGGGAGGAGAGGCAGCGGUACGUGGCCAUGGCCGAGCAGAGGAGGGAGAUCCUGGCUCUGCUGAGGAGGCAGAGGGAGCUGAGGAUCCAGAGGGAGCUGGUCUCUGUGGACUUUAAGCCCAAGAUCAAGCUGGGCCGAGAGGAAAAGCUGCAACAACCUGCAGAUUGUGAGCUGGACGUGGAGCUGGUGAAGCAGCUGCAGUGAAAAACACCGUGAUUAAAGGGACUGUAUGUAAGAAUCAGAAA